AUGCCAGAAGUCAUACUGCAAGCCAACUCAGAGACAGUGGAUGAAUCAAGAAAACGAAAAGUGCAGCAAGCUGAGGGUGAUGAAGGCAUUUAUUGGCGAAUCAACUGGACGCGUUUCGAUAGAUAUAUUCGCGAUGAAAUGACCCUUGAAUUGCUUGUGCCAAAGGGCUCAGCUGGAGAGCACACGGCGCAUUGCUUAUCACAAACGGUUCGAUCACUUCUCAAGGCAAAUGAGGUUCGAGUCUCACCCGUUGCAACGAUCAAUUCAACGCCGAUAUCGGCAGUUCUCCUUUCUAGUGGAAACUGA